AUGCUUUCUAUACUGUUUUUUAUAUCUUUGUUUCCUCUUGUAAAGGCUGAUAAUUGGGAUGAUUUCACGAAUAAUCUUGCUACGGACUUGGCUCCUUUAAUCACCUUGUUCGGCGAACGACUCACGAAACAAUUUCUCUCCGAGUCCGUCAGCAUUCUCGAUAAUGUUAUCUUCGCCCUUUCGCCGCUGGGGGUCUUGACUGCCGUUGUAUCGGUGAUCAGAAUCUGCGGAAGUUCUUCCCUCAGGGCAUUCGUCGGACGAGCACAAGAAGGUCCCGCCGAAGCCGAAAGCGAACUGCUUCCUUGCGUCUCGGAAUCCACUGCGGAGCUCUUUAACGAUGGCGGUAUUACACGAGUCUUUGGCCGGCCUAAGAUCGUGGAGAUAGUUGCUUGGGAGGAUGUGGACCAUAAGACAGGAGAAAAGGAGACGAAGAUUGGCACUUUGAAAGAUGCCCUUGAAGAAAAGGCUUGGUCUUGCAAUGGCAAAGUUUCUCCCACUGAACUGCCUGAACUGGACAUUCCUAAUCUGUCAUUGAACAAGGGAAUCAAGAGGAGAGAUCAAUUUUGGUUUCAUUGUGCUGCAAUACUUGGUGUUGUAUUGCAGAGUGGCACUAUUAUGUACGCUACACUUACGGUGUUUGUGUAUCCCCAGCAUUUCCAGAAAGACGACAAAGCUGUCGCCCCAUAUGCAUUCCCACUCUAUCUCAUUGGGACAACCCUUCUGUUUCUUGGAAUGUUCUUCUGCGCGUUCAUCAUGGAGCGUUCCUCAAAGGAGUUCUAUCUCAAAGCAGAAAAGCCAAGCAAGAUAUACUGGUUGCAGCCUGGUAAUCAGAAUGUGGGUGACCAGGUCUUCAAUGCUUUCUUGGCUGUCAAUGAAGGCCCCAAGUCUUCAAUGACUAAGAAACUUCGUUAUAUCAAAUCGGUCAGAGAUCGAAGAUUUGACAGGAAAUAUUUGGAAAUUUACUCUACCCUCGCAUCGACAAUUAUGGGAUUCAUCUUUCAGUUCAUCGGACUGAGGGGCCUUCAUGCAUCUGUCAUCCUAGCCCAGCUGGGAUCAACAUUCUUAAUGUCUAUUAUACGUACCUGCCUGCGUACAGAAAGAAUGGCGCCGGACGAAAAUAAGAUGAAAGACGACCGGGAACUCACGUCUCACAAGCAGCAAGAGAUGGAUUGUUUUGCAUUUUACCUCGAGAAAGUAGAGGCUUUUGAACUCGCCUCGAUUCCUGAUCGGCCAGCAAAUAUGCCUUCACCGAGAUUCACGCCACAUCUUGGAACUCCUUUGGCCAAACAGUUAAUUCGAACUAGGACCCAGCUUGCGAAGCUUACGACUAGUUCAAGACAUAGUCUGGACGUUGACUGGAACGGAAUGCCUAUUCGCCAAAUGGCGUAUAACCUCACACAAACGAUCGAGUCGACCAUGGAUUUAAUGUCUAGUUGGGGAGUUGACCUCGGAAAGACCUUCGAGUUCCGACUUGGAGUUAAGUGCAAGGAAGCCUCCCCAGGCUCUGUCACUCAAGCCCCUGGAACAUAUUCAAUUGGUCUCAUGCGAUGCGGCGAUGCUCUGCGGUGGAAACUGGAUUCCAGCGAGCUAGAAGCGAUUCUCGGCUUGUGGACUUGGUCACUGUACAAGUCAGAUGAAAACUGGCGGAACUCAACGCUUUGCCGCCUCAUUGGAUUGAGUGAAGACGAGGCAAGUAGAGAAGAGACAUUCCUCUACUUUCACAAAUGGAUCUUCAGGCAAACGGAAGCGAGACUAGUACCAUCUGCAGGAUAUGAUAAUUCAUCACGCCUAUUCAGUUUCGAGCCCAAGGACGUUUCCUACGAUGGGAAAGUCUUGGCUGUCAGGACAGAUAAUGAUCUCGAGGCCAUGGUAGCCCAGGAUAUCUACAUUCAAUUCCUCAAGGAAGUGUUCAUCAACUUGCGUGACCUCGGUGGGGAUGUUGAUGUUAUUCCUGAAUUGCAGGAUUCAUUUUUAGCAUCCAGUACCCGCAUUGAUGAUCUCAUACGUUGCUUUGAGAACAACAAAUUGGGUUCAAGAGAGGAUGCAUUGCUAUGCAUUGUUCCCGUCCUCAGGUAUCGGCGUCUCUUACCAGAUCUCGCGGCAGACUCAGCCAAGGUCAGAGCGCGCAGGGAGCGGCUUAUUGCGAAAGGUGAUUGGAAAAAUGCUUUUACGCUUCUUCGUUGGAUCUGCCAGCGGUCAGAGGGUUCCGAGUUUGAGCGAUCAGUCUAUGAACUAGGGUUCCUUUGCCGCCGGGCGUUUUUGAACACAAACAAACAUGUCCGUAAAGAAGGACUCGAACAGACAUGUGCGCUUCUCACAUCCGACCUCAGAGAUGAAUUCCUUCAAGCCCACAAAAAUGUCCCGCCCUUACACCGGUCAGUAUCCCAGGAUCGUAUCGAAUGGUGGAACUCGUUCUCGCGCCAGCUUGGGUGGAUUGCGUGGAACAUUUCCACCAAUGUUCCAGGCAUGACAUCCUGCCAAUCCAUUUUGAGAUCGCUCAACGUGCCUGAGGAUCUGCAAGGAUCACACGAUCAGAACCAAGACCCAGACGCAAUCCAAAAGGGGGUUCACGCUCUGAGAGAUUGGCUCACGUUGCAUAAUCUCGAUAACAUUGAGCGCGAAGGAUACGGCGAGGACGAAACAAUAGGCUUUGAAUGGAUAAUCCGGAACAACUUCCAUGCUUUGUUACAUUUCCUUUUGUUGCGAUGGGUGGAGCUUUAUGAAGACCUUCCCAUCCUUGUUCGGAUGGGCUACAGUCUUGCAGCAAGGGCUAGGUCUGAACGAGCCCUUGACAUACUUCGCCGACAGGGCGCGGAUAUUGAGACAAUAGAUCCAGACAAUCGUUCAGCUUUAACUGAUCUGGCUUUUACCCAUGAUCUCGAGGGAAGUCGACUGCUACUGCAAAAUGGAGCUGACCCAAACGGUAACAUGCAACAGUUGAAGAUCAGUUCACUUGGAAUUGCUGCUCAUGAAGGCUAUGAUGACAUUGCCGCAUUGCUUCUACAGUAUGGAGCAAACAUUGAGAUUCCAGACCAGAUGGGUCACAGUCCCCUACAUUGGGCAGCCAAGAAUAAUCAUCCUGAUACUGUCCGGCUGUUAUUAUCCCAUGGCGCGGAAAUUGACCCAAUCGGGUAUGACCAAUCAACACCGCUCCUAUCAGCCGCCAUGAAUGACCAGGUUCAGAUGGCUGAAUUGCUCAUUAAAGAAGGAGCGAAUGUCAAUGCUCGAGGUCAAUACGGCAAAACUGCAAUCAUGCUGUCCAUCCAUGCAAGGAAUCCGAUCCCGAUGUUCCAGUUGCUCAUGGAUAACGGAGCUAGGUUUGAUUUGCGUGAUAAUAGUGGAUCAAUGGCUUUGGAUCAUGCUAGACAAUUUGGUUAUACUGAGGCAAUAUCCUUUUUAUGCCAGGUAUCAGAAGAAGGGGGUGCCGAAGAGCCAUGA